GAAGCCGAGCGGUCCCGCUGCGCUGUGUGCGUUGCCGUUGCUAAGCUCACAGUAGCAUGGAGCGGGGAGGAGGCAGGUACUGAGGAGAGAACUUUAACCGUCUUUUUCAGCUUUCCUUCACACAAAGGACAGCGAUUUCUGCGUCCCAUCUCCUCAAAAAAUACCGACGAGGGUGAUUUCAGAGCGAGGAUAUCUUACUUGGCGAAGUCGAGACAAAACGGACUGUUAUAAAGGGAGCCGUGUCUGUCUGACAACAACAGCAGCUCAGUAUGGGAAGCCGGGGUCACUACCGGUACCACUGGCAGAGCCACAAUGUCAAGCAGAGUGGCGUGGACGACAUGGUGCUUCUCACCAAAAUCAACGAGGACGCCAUCGUGGACAACCUCAAGAAGAGAUACAUGGACGACUAUAUAUUUACAUACAUCGGACCUGUGCUCAUCUCUGUUAACCCUUUUAAACAGAUGCCUUACUUCGGGGACAAGGAGGUGGAGAUGUACCAAGGAGCAGCUCAGUAUGAAAACCCUCCCCACAUCUAUGCACUGGCAGACAACAUGUACAGAAACAUGAUGAUCGACCGAGAAAACCAGUGCGUCAUCAUCAGUGGUGAAAGCGGUGCAGGAAAAACAGUCGCAGCCAAGUACAUUAUGAGCUACAUCUCCAGAGUGUCAGGAGGAGGACCUAAAGUACAGCAUGUCAAAGACAUCAUCCUGCAGUCCAACCCUCUCCUGGAGGCUUUCGGAAACGCCAAGACGCUGAGGAACAACAACUCCAGUCGAUUCGGGAAAUACUUUGAGAUCCAGUUCAGCUCCGGCGGUGAACCAGAUGGCGGGAAAAUCUCCAACUUCCUGCUGGAAAAAUCUCGCGUGGUCAUGAGGAACCCAGGAGAGAGAAGCUUCCACAUCUUCUACCAGUUGAUCGAGGGGGCGAGUGGAGAUCAGAAGAGCAGUCUGGGAAUCACCAGCCUGGACUACUAUUCCUAUCUCAACCAGUCCGGAUCCUACAAGGUGGAUGACAUCAAUGACAAGAGCGACUUCCAGGAAACUCUGCAUGCCAUGGAUGUGAUAGGCAUCUCGAGGGAGGACCGCUCCAUGGUGCUGCAGAUUGUAGCUGGAGUUCUUCACCUGGGCAACAUCAGCUUCAGAGAGGCUGGAAACUAUGCAGCCGUGGAGAGCGAGGAGUUCCUGGCCUUUCCCGCCUUCCUGCUGGGCAUUGACCAGGAGCGACUGAAGGAGAAACUGACCAGCCGUAAGAUGGACGGCAAAUGGGGAGGAAAGUCCGAGUCUAUAGACGUGACCCUGAACGUGGAGCAGGCGUGUUUCACGCGGGACGCCCUCUCCAAAGCUCUGCACGCUCGCCUCUUUGAUUACUUGGUGGAGUCGAUCAAUAAAGCCAUGGUGAAGGAUCAUCAGGAGCUGAAUAUCGGUGUGCUGGAUAUUUACGGAUUUGAGAUUUUCCAGAAAAAUGGAUUCGAACAGUUCUGCAUCAACUUUGUGAAUGAGAAGCUGCAGCAGAUCUUCAUUGAGCUUACACUGAAAGCAGAACAGGAGGAGUAUGUGCAGGAGGGAAUCCGAUGGACUCCCAUUGAGUACUUCAACAACAAGAUAGUCUGCGACCUCAUCGAGAGUAAAGUAAACCCUCCUGGCAUCAUGAGCAUCCUGGACGACGUGUGUGCUACGAUGCAUGCCAAGGGUGAAGGUGCAGACCAGACCAUGCUGCAGAAGCUGAGAAUGCAGAUCAACAACCAUGAGCACUUCAACAGCUGGAACCAAGGCUUUAUAAUUCACCACUAUGCUGGAAAGGUGUCCUAUGAUGCUGAGGGAUUCUGUGAGAGGAACAGAGAUGUCUUGUUCACGGAUCUGAUCGAGCUGAUGCAGAGCAGUGAGAUAGCUUUUAUCCGGGCACUGUUCCCAGAAAACCUCAACGCUGAGAAGAAAGGUCGACCCACUACUGCGGGCAGUAAAAUCAAGAAACAAGCUAAUGAUCUGGUGAGCACGCUGAUGAAGUGCACUCCUCACUACAUCCGCUGUAUCAAACCCAAUGAGACCAAGAAGCCCAAAGACUGGGAGGAGAGCAGAGUGAAACACCAAGUGGAGUAUCUUGGUCUAAAGGAGAACAUCAGAGUAAGGCGUGCUGGCUACGCUUACAGGAGAGUCUUCCGCAAGUUCCUGAACAGGUACGCCAUCCUGACAAAGGAGUCGUGGCCGACGUGGCGCGGGGACGAGAAGCAGGGCGUCCUGCACCUGCUGCGCUCCGUCAACAUGGACCAGGACCAGUUCCAGCUGGGCCGAACCAAAAUCUUCAUUAAAGCACCUGAGUCGCUUUUCCUUCUGGAGGAGACGAGGGACCGAAAGUUCGACGGCUACGCCCGGGCCAUCCAGAGAGCUUGGCGCCAGUACCUGGCCCGAAAGAAAUACGUACAGAUGAGAGAGGAGGCCUCUGACCUGCUGCUAAACAAGAAGGAGAGAAGGAGGCACAGCCUGAACAGGAACUUUGUUGGAGACUACCUGGGCAUGGAUGACCGGCCUGAGCUCAGGCAGUUCCUCGGGAAGAGAGAGAAGAUCGACUUCGCGGACAAAGUCACCAAAUACGACAGACGCUUCAAGGGCAUUAAGAGAGACCUCAUCCUGACCCCUAAGGGUGUCUAUCUGAUCGGGAGGGAGAAGGUGAAGCAGGGUCCAGAAAAAGGCCAGAUAAAGGAGGUGCUCAAGCGCAAAAUCGAGGUGGACAAGAUCAUGGCUAUUUCUCUUAGCACUCUACAGGAUGACUUCAUGAUCCUGCAUGAGCAGGAGUAUGACAGCCUGCUGGAGUGCGUGUUUAAGACUGAAUUCAUCAGCUUGGUGGCUCGCAGGUUCGAGGAGAAGACCCAGAGGAAGCUGCCCCUCAAAUUCGCCAACACGUUGGAGAUGAAGCUGAAGAAGGAGAGCUGGGGGCCGUGGAGUGCCGGAGGCUCGCGGCAGGUGCAGUUCAUUCAGGGUCAGGGAGACGCCACUGUGCUGCGACCGUCCAACAAGAUGCUGCAGGUUAGCAUUGGACCGGGCCUGCCCAAAAACUCCCGUCCAACUAAGAAAGGCAUCGGUCAAGGCCGCUCAAACAUGUCCCGGCCGCACCACCACACCCCGACACGGGUCGCGCCUGGACCUCCAGUUGCUCAUCAGAAUGGCGGGCCGAAACACGCCAAUCACGCUGCCAGUCAAAGAAACCCGCAGCACCAGAGUAACCAGAGGUCGGCACCGGGCAACCAGGCCCGCCCCUUCCUGCCUGUCACAGUCAAUCAGCUGAAAGACAGAGGCAGCAGGCAUGCAGCCCAGCAACCCAACCUGGACUGCCUUAAAGUGCCCGAUCAGGGAGCUGCAGGAAACCAGCGGCUGUCUGCAAACGGAGGAAUGGCCCACAGGCAGUCCACCAACAGGCCCCCUCCGGGAGGCGGCCGACCAAAGCCAGCACCCAAACCCAAGCCACAGGUGCCUCAGUGUAAAGCUCUGUAUGCCUACGACGCCCAGGACACGGACGAGCUCAGCUUCAACGCAGAUGACAUCAUCGAAAUCAUCAAUGAAGACGCCUCAGGCUGGUGGACGGGGAGACUGAGGGGUAAACAGGGCCUUUUCCCCAACAACUACGUCACCAAGAUCUAAGUCCAUCUACUGCAGCUGAGGGGCCGGCCAGAGCGUCACGCGUACCUCAGAGGACUCCCAGUGUAGCGGAACCGCAGGAGCGAGAGAAAGAGUGAGAAGACAGCCGCGUGGAGGCCUCAGCGCAGCCGCGUUCUGUUGCCGUGGGCCAGUUUUGCAGCGGAGUCCCGCACAGCGCGCCGGCCUCCAGACUUCUCUCCAGGGCUAAAUGUUACACAGUCCCUGUGAGCACUGAUCAAAACUAUUUAUUGUAUUUAUAGCUUCAUUUUACUUCUUCUAUUUUUUUGGUUCAGCCUUCAGUGAUAUUUAAAACGACCUUAUCUCAUAUGAAGAAUACGCAGUGCAUUCAUUGUAUGUGGGACCUGAAAUCUCUUUAGCUUUUGAAAUGAAAGGAUUUUUUUUUUUAAAGGAAAUGAAGGUGCUUUCCUGUAGAUUCACCUGCUGUCUUGUGGUUUAUAAUCUCCUGUAGCUUAAUGUUCAAAUCUAUGGGUUUAGUAGGGAAUUUUGUGCUGCUAAUACCUGUUUUAAAAAAAAACUGCAGUUUUUGCAGCUUCACUCUUUAGAAGUAAACGAAGCCCCAGGCCACGAGGAGCACAUCCGUUACUGCAUAACUGUACAUGACGCUGUGGUUAAAAAAGCACUUUACCAGUAUGAAUUUGUACCGACCUGUCCUGCCACGGCCAGACGCACCAGGAUGUACAUAUGAAGGUUUGCCAAAGAUGCGCUAGUUGCUGAAGGGAACCGAUUGUUUUGGAAAAACAAUUUGUUUACAUGAUUAUGCAGGCAUUUUGCAUCUGUGUAUCUAGAAUAUUUUGUACUACUUUGUUAAUAAUAGGAUGGACACAUUGUGUUGUGCUCUUCUUGCUUAUGUU